CAAAAACAAGGGGCGUGACCUGAUAUCAUGUGUCAUGUGAGUCUACAUGCAUGUGACUAUGUUACUAGGCAAACUAAAUGGACGUGCAGUCUCGUGAUAGAUCAAAUGUUUCGGAAAUGCAGGACAGUAUCAUCUCACCAGAAGAAGAGGAAGAUGUAAUAACAUGUGGUGAUGCCAUUGAAGCAUGUGGAUUCGGAAAGUUUCAAAUUGGGCUCUCUAUCUUUGCUGGACUUCUCUGGAUGGUUGAUGCAAUGGAAAUCAUGGUUUUGGCAAUAUUGGCUCCUACUGUUCGCUGUACUUUUCAUCUGACGUCAUUGCAGGAGGGCCUCUUUGGAACAAUGGUGUUUGGUGGUAUGGCAAUUGGUGCGGGGUUGUGGGGCAAGUUUAUGGACAUGUAUGGCAGAAAGAAAGGAAUUUUUGUUUUUUGUGUAUUUGUUGCUGUUACAUCAUUGGCCAGUGCAUUUGCACCGAACUAUGUGUCUCUGGUUGUGCUACGUACAGCUGUUGGCUUUGGUAUAUCAGGUGGAGCACAAGCUGUAACGUUCUACCUUGAAUUUCUUCCUGCCAAAAGUCGUGCCUACUGCCUUGUGUUUCUGGAGUUAUUUUUCUGCUGUGGAACAUUCCUCGAAGUUCUUCUGGCAAUGAUUCUCAUGGGUCACUUUAAGCUAAGCUGGCAUUGGCUGUUGGGAUUCUCCGCUGUCCCAAUGUUUAUUGACCUCCUGGCCUUUGUGCUUGUACCUGAGAGUGCACACUAUCAUAUGGCAUGCAAUGAAACUGACAAGGCAAUGGAGGUUCUCAAACGUGUUGCAAGAAUAAACAACAAGGAAUUACCGAGAGGACGUCUGGUGUCUCAAUCUGAGAAAGCAAGGAUUCAAGAGAAAGCAAGGAUUCAAGUGAAUGCAAAGACACCAAAAAUAUUGGGAAAAGGGGAGAAACAGUUGCAAUUGUCACUAAACACUUCAGGAAAUGUUGAAGAAUGGGAAGAUCCUGUUAUGCCGGAGACAAAUCCUCUAAUUGGGCCACAAAAGCAGAAAUCGGACAGUCAUGGAAUUGGCCGAGGUCAUGUUACUGAGCUUUUCUCUACUCGCUUGCGAGGAAUGACAACACUGUUGCUGUGGAUUAUAUGGUUUGGAGCUGCAUUUAGUUACUAUGGCAUUGUCCUUUUUACAACGGAAAUGUUGACCAUCAUUCAGCAACGAGAGAACAAUUCAGAUAUAGUUCCAUGUAUUUCAUCUGCACAUUCACAUUCAAGCUCUGCAAAUUCAACAUGUCAACUGCUUAAUAUAGCUGAUUACGAACAACUGUUGUGGACAACUGCUGCUGAAUUUCCAGGAGUGAUACUAACUGUCUUGAUCAUCGAGCGAAUAGGCAGGAAAAGAACAAUGAUUGUGGAGUUUCUGUUGGCAGUUUCUUGCUUUUUUCUUAUGUACAUUUGCCCCAUUCACAGGACUGUUUUAUUGCUGUUCAUUUUUGGAGCUAGAGGUGCUCUAACUGGAGCAUUCCAAACAGCUAUUGUAUACACACCAGAGUUUUACCCUACAAACAUAAGAGCUCUUGGUACAGGGAUUUGUAAUAGUAUCUCUCGAGUUGGAGCUAUGGUGACACCCUUCGUGGCCGAAGUUUUACUGAGGGCAAGUGUUCGAGGAGGUGAAGGAUCGUAUGCUGCUGCAUGUCUCAUCUGUACUGUGUGCGCACUUUUGCUACCUGUUGAAACAAAAGGAAGAGAACUGGAUGAUGCAUCAGACAAAAGACUUCCUGCAGAGUCGAAAACAGCAGAAGUUGAAAGUUGAAUUGAGCAAAAAAUAACGAUGUUGUCUAAGUUUUGGCAAAUUAUAUUUUAUUCGCACAUAUUCUGCUUGCACAUCAAGAAUAAUCAUAACGAUAUAUUCUGAAAAAAAUUAAUACUCAAUGGUGCCAGAAUUUACACAAUAUUAUAAAGUGCUAUAAUAGGUGUCAAUG